AUGUCAUUUGCAACUGGAAUGAUUGUCUACAACCUAAGGCAAAAAGAAAGUGCCCUUUCAAAGGAUUUUGAUGAGAGGGGUCCGAUUAAUGGAGUUAAAGUAAAUGCUAAAUUAGGUCUUGAUGACCCAACAAAAAAGAAUUUCGAAUGUUUAGCUAAAAACAAAUACAAUAAAGCAAUAGAACGUAAUGCAAUCUUAGAAAAUGAAUUGGAAGGAAAAAACAUAUUAAUUGUCCAAGUACAAAGAUUAAAAGAUGAAUUAAGAGAUGUGAAUAUAGAAUUGGCUAUAUUGAAAAAUAAACAAGAUGGUGAAUAUGGCCCACCACCACCAUCAGCUUCUCAACUAUAUUCAAUACAUAAGACAGAAUUAUCGCGUUCACCAUCACAUAUGUCUGUUGAUUCAAAUUCAUCUGAUGUUAGCCCAAAUCCGGUAAAAAUGGUACAAGAAAUGGUUGGCAGGGUCAAGAGUUUGGAAGCACGUUUAGUAUCAUGUCGUUCACUAGUUACACCUUUAUUAGCACCACCUCCAUCAUAUAGUACAACAAUGCCAUUACAAAAUGGUAUAAAUUCACCUCCAUUAUCACCAAAAACUUCACGUCUGGAUUCACCCUAUAUCACUUCACUGAAAGAAAAAAGACGCAGUUCUGUUCAAAAAACAAAAUUUAGUAUUCCACCUACUCCAAUUAGAGCAAACUCGUUUGGUAAAGCUUAA